GGAACAUUGAAAAGUGCCGGGACAUAACUCAAUUGCUUCUUUCACUCGCCUCGACGAAAACGUAAACUAAGAAAAAUUGGGACGCGCCAUGGAUGAUAAUACCAAUACCGCCACGUACAACAACGAGUCCAAAACCUCGAUCCUCAAUUUCACCGGACAAGGAUCAUCCGGUGUGUCUCCAUUGGAACAGGAAGUUUUGGACGAAUAUGAGAGGUUAUCGAGGAACAUGAAGGAACUGUCUUCGACCCUGGCGACUCUGUCAAGCGGGCCGAUUACCCUGGAAAUCGCGGAAGGUCUCCGGUUGCUGGAGCGCAAGGUCGCGAGCGUCUAUACGCUGAUGAAGGCGAGCGUGUACAGUAUCGUCUUGCAGCAAGGGCAGUUGGACUCCAUGGACGACGAGGGAGGAGGGGGAGGUUUCGCAGACGGCGAGCGACGAUGAUCACUCAAGGGUCCAGCUGUGGAAUGGGGGACGCUUCUCACGCCGCAAAACCAUCACGUUAUCACGACGACAAAUGAAUUUUUCCUUCUUUGCACGACAAUUCAAACUACAAUUACUGCGAUCUUGCGUUCGGCGUGCAAGGACUCGAGUUGGGCUGGUGUUACGCGGGAUUCAAGUACCAAUUUCCGAAUGUGACGGGUCCCAUCUUUUGUUUUCUUCUUGGAUCAAGUGAUAAAAUGUCUUGUACAGAAUCUUUUCCCGAGUCCUCUCUCAG